AUGUCCCAGGCAAUAACAGUGCUUACCGCAUUGUCUUUGGCAUUGCUCCUGCCCUACCUGGCCUGCCGUGGUGUGCCCCAAGAUUGUCUGCCAAAAGCACGAACAACCGGCAUGACCAUGGUGACUCAGCUGGUCCUGGCAAUGACAAUGCUCUUGGACUAUUCCUGCACGGACCAAUACCAGCCAAACAUGCCCGACAUCGCCAGGGAUUUGAAAGUGUCUCCAACUGCAAUGGGGUCCACCAUUCAGGUCCAUCUUCUCAGCUGCGCUCUUGGAAUACUGGUUGUCGGCCCGCUCUCGGACCAAAUCGGCAGAAGACCAGUAAUAUUGAUUUGUCAAGUAAUGCAAGCCAUCAGCACCUUCACUUGCAUGUGCGCCACCAAUCUGGCCUGGUUCAUGGCUGGGCGUGUGAUCCAAGGCUUGGCAGCCUCUGUGUACGUCGUCAUUCUCGCAAGCAUGCGUGACUGCUUUGACGACCCGGCCAGCAGGCAGCAGGCAAUGGGUAGAAUGUUGUUUCUCAUGCAGAUCGGCCCGAUCUUCGCCCCGGUUGUUGGAGGGUUCCUGGCCUCUGCAUUUGGCUGGAGAUUUCCCUUUGGCUUGUUGGCUCUUCUAGCAGUUCUGGCGGCAUGUGUGAGCUGGCAAGUGUUCCACGAGACUGCCGCUGCACGUCCGCAAUGCAACAACCUAGCUGGGGACAUCUAUCACAUACUCAGCAGCCACAGGCGGCUUUCAAUUCUCGCGUGUGUUGGGACGACCAAGAGCUUGUUCGACCUGGUCAUUUCCACCAAUGCCUUUAUUCUCCAAGAUCGCUUCGGCCAGACAGUGAAGCAGACAUCAGUAUAUACGGCCGCAUUCGCUGUGGCCGUAGCGCUGGGCUCGGUGGUGGCAAGCAGGCUGCAUGUAGAGCCUGCGUCCGUGCUUCGAAUGUUUAUGCCGCUGCUGCUGUUUGCUGCAUUGGUGCUGGUUCUGGCCGGCAUACACUCAGACAGCAUCAUAUGGUACCUGUCCAGCAUCUCGUUCCUGCAGUUCGUAGUCUUCCCUCCCAUCAUCGCAUACCAUGCCGAGUUUUCAAGGGAUCUUCGUGAGCUGGCUGGCACAGCCACCAGUGUCGACCUGUCUUCCCAGUACAUGCUGAGCUCGCUGGUUUCCAUGGCGGGCCUCAGUGUUUCCCAGGGCAGUACAAGCUCCCUGCUUUUUGUGCUUGCUGGGACUGUGUUGGUAACUGAAUUGAUCACAGCUACGGGCAUCCACCCGCAAGCAAGUGACGUUGACAAAGCAUGUCCGCCGGAGGAGUCUGUGCAACAGGUUGCAGACGACCGCGGCCUUUCGCCUUUGGCCGUGGCGGCGUCCACACGCCGUGCACAGACCCUGGGCACGGUGCGCGUCCUCGUGGGCGCCGGGGCGGAGCCGCUCCAGGUGCUGAGGAAGAUGGAUCGUGAACAUGCGGGUGACGCCAUGGCCGGUGGGAUCAAGAAUGUCCUGGUUCGCGGCGCCCUGAUGGGACCCGUCUGGCGCCGGCUGGAGAAGCUGAUUACCGAGGCUGGUGGCAAGGUGAGCAAGGGCGAGUUCGAGGAGUCAGGGCCCACGCAAGGAUUCAUGCGGCUCCGUGCUGCAGGGCUUCAUUGGCCCAAAUGCGCAGGGCCGCAGGCUGUCCCGGCUGAGUGGGCAAUGGGGGAGAGCCAUGUGCAGGCCGAAGGGGUUCUUGCCCCUGAAAGCUUGGCAGAGCCGGCAGAGCUGGAGUGCGCGUCUUGUGCCGAAAGCCUACCAAGGGAGUGCUUCUCUGGGUCACAGUGGCGAAAAGGCGACCGUGCCCGCUGCAAGACCUGCAUUCGAGCGGCCAAGGAUCCACCGGAGAUCGUCGACCCAAGGUUGCGAGCGUUCGUGGACGAAUGCCGGGCUGCCAAGGAGGAGUACAAGCAGUCCCAAACAGAGAUCAUCAGCCGCGUGAACUCCUGGAUUUGGUUGGGUGGUGCCCUCCGCCAACCAUCGCUUGAUUUGCAUGAGGCUGGCGGGAUGAUUUGUGCAGCUGUCGAGCGCAACAUCACCCCCGUGCUGCGUGAGCUCUUUCCGGUUGAGAGGCGCUUGGUCUUGAACUUGGACGAUAAGGGCAGUGAGCAAGAUUGGCCUGAAGCACUAGACUCCGCGGUCCUCUUCGCUCGCGACGCGAGGAGGCAGGAUGACCGUCCCUUAUACGUCUUUUGUGCGCUGGGAUGCAACCGCUCUGUAGUAGUAGUCGUGGCACUUCUCAUGGCCAUUGAGGAGAUGUCAUUAGAUGCCGCGCUUCAGCUUGUCAGAGCUCAAAGGCCCUGUAUCCGGCCGAAGUACGUACGGGUGCUUGCAGAGUAUGAGGAAGCUUCGAAAGGGGCACUCACAAUGACAUGCAUCAUGGAACAGAGUGCUUUGGGCGCCUUGCGUCCGUCUUUGCUGCAAGAGCCGUUGCAGAAGGCACUGUACAGGAUACUGGUUGAGCUCCACUGUGCCAAGGUGUCAAAAUAUCUGCUGCAAGCUUUGGAAGCAGCCCAGGACGCGUGGACGAGUGACGAGAUCUGGAAGCUCUUGUCGACUGCAGAGAAGACCUCACGCAGGAGAAAGAGCUCUCUCCAGCACAAGGUGCACCUUGCGGGAGCGGAGGAUGACUGGCGAAAGCGUGUCGUCUCCCCCGAGCCCGAUGGUGACACUGUGGAUGUAGCCGCGACAAAAGCUCUCCAGGCCCUUCUGGCUUCAAACGAGCAAGGCUCCCUGCCGCAGAAAGGCUACCCCAGGCCGUCUGCCUCCCCAACUUCACCGUUCUCCCUGAGCCCGAAAACGGUGCGCACGGACAGCGAGUGCUUAGAAACUGCCAGCUCUACCGUUUCCAGCCCCAAGGCCGUGCUCAGCGGAUCGCAGUCUGAGGAGGCGCUUCGGCCCCUUCCUCGCCGCCCGCCGCGGCCGCGGCGCCAGAACCAACGUGGUGAUGAGCCACGUUGCCAUGAUGGCGGCAGGGCAACAUCAAUGAGAAGCUUUCGUGCGACGGCCCGCUCGCUGUCCUUGGGCGCCAGCGCUGUGUUGCAAAAUGCACGCCAUCCAUCUCCUGGUGCAGCUAUGUCGCGCUCACCACGCGAGGUGACCACUACUUCAGGCCGUCGUGCAAAAUCUUCGAAUCUGGCCUCGGCCAUUCCCAAGGAAGCACCGCCGGCAGAAACCACGGCUGGAGGGAAGAUCCAGACCUUUCGCGGUGUUCGGCCUCGCUACCUGGACCACCUCGCAGGUGACUCCCGGGACUUCGCCGCAGGCGCACUGCGGCCACCGCGGAAGAGCAGCCGAGGGCCAUCACGGACUGCAGCCCUGGACAUGGCCUGA